GUGACGUCGUUUUGUACACGUGUCCGACGAUCACGCAACCUUCACAAAAGUCCAUUCAAUCGCAAAAAUCUUGGACCGCAAGCAAAAAAUAAAGGAAGUAAAAGUAUGCACCCACCGUUCACGCACGCCCUAUAAAACCUCUACAACACCGUCAACCUAAAUCCCAACUGAAAAAAGAAGAAAACAUUCACCAGCUCAUUCGGUUUCCUGUAACCCAUACCAUGGGCGACGGCGAAAGCACCUCCGAUCGGUCGCUUAAUUUCGAGGACAUGACAGUGGUCUCCGCCGUGGGGCGCGGCGCUAAAGGCGUGGUGUUCCUGGCUCGCGCCGGUGGCCGGCGGUCGGGAGAGUGCGUGGCACUGAAAGUGAUGUCGAAGGCGCUGAUUGCGCAGAAAAGAACGAGAAAGAAGGACGAGAGAGUGGGAGUGUCGUUUGAAGAGGAAGUGCUCCGUCGUUUCGAUCAUCCGCUCUUGCCGAGGCUUAGAGGCGUUCUUGAAACGGAGAAAGUGAUUGCGUUCGCCAUCGAUUACUGCCAUGGUGGCACGCUCCACUCUCUCAGGAAGAAACAGACUGAGAAAAUGUUCUCCGAUGACACCAUCAGGUUUUACGCUGUAGAAUUGGUGCUUGCAUUGGAAUAUUUAACGAAAGGGGAAAGUGGAAAGAAUUUGAAGCCAGAAAAUGUGAUGAUUCAAGAAAACGGCCACAUAAUGCUUGUCGAUUUUGAUCUCUCCAAAAAGCUAAACCCUAAAUCCCCUCACUCACUGAGUCAAAACUCGACCCCGAGUCCUAACUCGGAGAAACGUUCAAGGAAACAACAACGAUUAACUCGUAUAUACAGUUUUUGUAACUCCGGCAUCUCGCCGUGGGACUCGGACUCGGAGCCCCAGCUAAGUACAGUCGACUCAGUGCGUCACACGGAGUCUGACUCGGUUGAGAAAUCAAACUCGUUCGUUGGAACAGAAGAAUACGUGGCACCCGAAAUCUUAUCAGGGAAAGGUCACGGUUUUAGCGUUGAUUGGUGGUCAUACGGCAUCUUGUUGUACGAGAUGCUGUACGGAACGACGCCGUUUAAAGGCUUAAAUAGGAAGGAAACGUUUUACCGGAUCUUAACUAAAGAGCCAGAGUUAACGGGAGAGAAGACGGCGUUACGGGAUUUAAUUUCAAGAUUGUUGGAAAAAGAUCCUGACCGUCGGAUCCCAGUGGAGGAGAUCAAAGGCCACGAUUUCUUCAAAGGGGUUAAGUGGGACAAAGUGUUGCACAUUGCAAGACCACCUUAUAUUCCCACAAAUGAGGUUGAGAACAAAGUGGGGUUUAGCAAAAACGACGUGGAAGUGUUUGUGAACGAAGUGUUUUUUCCCACGAAUGAUGAUGAUGGCGUAGAGAAUCCUGAGCAUAACAAGAAGAAUGACGAUUUUUUAAUUUUUUGACUUCCAUAUUCUUUCAUACAUAGACUAAAUGUAGAUCACGCAUGCAAAUUUUUUUGCAUUUAAUUGUCGUAUAAUUAAAAUGGCAAAUGUCUAGACUCAUUCAUGAAUUACUUAAUUUAUUUUCCUUUCAAUUUUGGAGAUCUCAAAUAUAUAAUUCUAAUAGUUAAAAUUAUUAAUGUA